AGGAAAAAAAAAACAUUUUCCAGAUGUUUUUAUAUUUAUUUAUUCUAUUCUCGCCAACAAACAGCAGAUGAUGGAGAUACAUUUCAUUGGCCAUGAAAUACUGCAGGAUAAUGGAUAUCACUCAGACAAUCCCAUGUGAAAUCUAGGAAUUGUUUUUUUGUUUUAGGUAAAUGCCUCCUUUGAUGCCUAUAAUUUGACACGUCCCUCUUACAAAGGAUCCCUCUUUUCUUGACCAGAGCAAACCACUCCCUAAGCUUGAGGUUUUACUGGUUUUGGCGUUGUUUGAGUCACGUUAAAAAGGGUUCACAUCAGCUAAGACUUUCAAUGUCUCCUUGGACUGGCCAUAUUCAGAAGCUUCUGUGGUCUGUAGAGGGGAGAUGUAUGUUUUGCUCUGUCUAGUUUGUGCCUUUGGCAUUUUUGGUCAGUCCAGUACCUUUACCACUUGAAGAUGAUGGAUCGGUACCUGCUUAGAAUGACCUGUCCCUGGCAACAGUACUUGUGGAUCAAGCACAACAAUCAAAAUGAUAUAAAGGAAGGCCCCAUUAGCAAUUUUAUGCCAAAAAUUGAUUGUCAGAUUGACGCUGCUUAUUGGGUCCCACAGCGGUCAACAGCAUAUCUGUUCAACGGUACGAUUUUCUGGACAGUGAAAGGAUCCCAAGUAAAAGGCAGAGCGAAAAACAUCAGCAGUCUGGGGUUCCCGUCAUGGGUAGAGCAGAUAGAUGCUGCGGUCCACAUUCACAAAACUGUACACACCCUAUUCUUCACCCAACAUCAGUACUGGAGGUAUAACGAACACAACAAGACAAUGGAUGACUCAAGCCCGCGGAACAUUUCUCAUGAUUUCCCAGGAAUAAGUGGACCCAUAAGUGCAGCCAUUUACCAUUUUUUACCAUUUUAGCCAUUUUUUUUCAGGUUGUCUUCAUUUCUUUGUUGGCUCAGAUGUGUAUAAAUAUGACUUCAAACAUAAGGAAAUUAUUGGAGCAGAUAAAACACCUUCCUGGCUUGGAUGUUAAUAGAUAUUUAUUAUAGACCUAUAGUUCCUAAAUCUUAUUUUUGCGAUUCUUUGUUUAGUGCCACUGAAGUGGUUUAGAAAUGACACACUUCACCUGUAAAGAUGGUAUUAAAUAUGUUGUAUUGAAUUGCAUUGAAUUUCAUGUGA